ACAGUAGCUUUUAUCCUAAUUCACGAGGGAUAGCUACAGCCGCCAACCAGCAGCAGGCGAGUGUGACCGUCUCAUAUUGAUCAUCCGGAAUAACAAGACAAUCCAAGCUUUGAAAUUUUCUCAGUCUUCUCCUCGAUCCCGAUCAUAAUCCAGCAACCAGCAUGUAUCUCUCUAAGGUCUCCGGCCUUCUUUUAUUGUUCCUCUUCACCACCACCUCCUCCUCCUCCUCCUCCUCUCCCUACUUUGACCUCUUCGAAUCCUGGUGUCUUGAACACAACAAGGCCUACGCCUCCGAGGCCGAGAAGCUCGCUCGCUUUCAGGUUUUCGAGGACAAUCUCGCCUUUGUGGAAAGCCACAACGCCGCCGCCAACUCGACCUAUUCCCUCGCCCUCAACGCCUUCGCUGACCUUACGUUACAUGAGUUCCGCGCUGUUCGCCUCGGUCUCAGCCUCGGUCUGAACCGCCAGCUCUCUGAUUCGGUCCGCGGCGGCUAUGGCGGUCAGGCGGUCUUCCGGGGAUCUGAUGCCGCUGUUCCGGACUCAAUUGAUUGGAGGGAGAAGGGGGCUGUAACACAAAUCAAGGAUCAGGGAAGCUGUGGUGCUUGUUGGGCCUUCUCUGCCACUGGUGCAAUUGAGGGAAUAAACAAAAUUGCUACUGGAUCUCUUGUGAGCCUAUCUGAACAGGAGUUAAUCGAUUGUGACCAAACUUAUAAUACUGGUUGUUCUGGUGGGCUUAUGGAUUAUGCUUACAAUUGGGUGGUGAAAAACCAUGGAAUUGAUACAGAGGAAGAUUAUCCAUAUCAUACUGCAGAAAAAAACUGUCUUAAAAACAAGCUAAAUCAUCGCGUUGUGACAAUCGAUGGCUAUACUGAUGUGCCUUCACACAAUGAGAAAUUACUGCUGCAGGCCGUUACUAGUCAACCGGUUAGUGUUGGUAUUUCUGGUAGUGAGAGAGCAUUUCAGUUGUAUUCAAAGGGAAUUUUUACUGGCCCAUGCUCUACAUCAUUGGAUCAUGCUGUACUAAUUGUAGGCUACGGUUCAAAAAAUGGAGUUGACUACUGGAUCUUAAAGAAUUCAUGGGGAACAAAUUGGGGAAUCAAUGGAUAUAUGCAUAUGCUACGUAAUGGUGGAACUUCUCAAGGUGUUUGUGGAAUAAAUAUGCUAGCUUCAUAUCCAACUAAGACUAGUCCAAAUCCUCCUCCUCCUAGCCCAGGCCCAACCAGGUGCAACCUUCUGACAUAUUGCCCUUCUGCCACUACCUGCUGCUGUACUCGAAGCUUUCUAGGACUGUGCUUUUCUUGGGGCUGUUGCGAGCUUGAAUCCGCUGUUUGUUGCAAGGAUCACAGUUCCUGUUGCCCACAGGAUUAUCCAGUCUGUGACAUCGGGACAAAGCAGUGUUUUAAGGGUAGCAAGAAUUCCACUGGAGUCCAUGGAAUUAAGAAGAAAGACUCGUUUCUGAAAUUUGGAUCUUUGAUUCCCUUUAUUGAUUAGACUUUUGAGCUACAGUUAAGGUAUGUGUUUGCAGUAUGAUCAUCUUUGAUAGUAUUUUGCUGCUCAUUUUGUUUGAGAUGCAAUAUUGUAUUAUAAUCUCUUAGCACAGUUGUUGAUUUAUAUUUAAAUGUUGUGAGUACUGUAUAAUAAGUUUGCAGUUGUUUUCAAUUAUAUUGUGCUAUUCAAAAAUAGUACAGUUUAUCAAUAAGAGAAACAUAUUUAGAAUGUUCA